GGGAAACCGUCGCAUGCCACGUUAUCCGGACACUUAUCCGGAUAAUACUACUAUAAGUUCCCUCCAAACCCCACCAUUUUACAAGCCGCAGCGAACGAGCCAACAUGUCCGCGCCGCAGCUGGACCAGGAGCUGUUCUUCCGCCGUUUGAACAACAUCUAUGCGUCAUGGCGGGAUCCGAAGAACGCGGAAUGGGACGAUGUCGAAAGCUUUUUGGUGUUGGCGGGCAAACCCAACCCAGACGACAGCGGGUACCGCAAAUCGGCGGUGCUUCAGUUUUAUCUACUGGGAUUUCUCGAGUUUCCCGAGACGUUGAUGGUGUUCACCAAGUCCAAGUUGCUCGUGUUGACGAGUGGCAAGAAGUACACGAUGCUGGAAGCCAUCCUCGGCGGCAACGACACGUCCGACGUCAAGCUCGAGCUGCUGAAGCGCGACAAGACGGACGGCAACAAGGCCAACUACGCGGCACUCAUCGCCGCCAUCCAGGCCGACAGCGUCAAGAAACGGGUGGGCGUGCUGGCCAAGGAAUCCCCCGACGGCGACUUUGUGCAACUGUUUCAGAAAGAAGUGGACGCGGCGGGCAUGGACAAGAUCGACAUUUCCAAGGGCAUCGAAUGCGCGCUGCGUGUCAAAGCCCCCGAAGAGCUGGUACAUACAUACACACCCCUUCCACACCCUCUUCCAUCAUGGUUCACUCACCGGUCUCGCGGUUGUUGUAGGAAAACAUUCGCUGGGCUGGCGCGCUCACGAAAAAGGUGUUCCAGUCCAAGUUUGUCGAAGACAUGGAAGGCAUCAUCGACGAGGACAAGAAGGUCAAGCACGAUGCGUUCAGUGCCGACAUUGAGGGCGUGUUUGAAGACCCGAGCAAGAUCAAGGUGACGCUCAGCCCCGAGGACGUUGAGUCGUGCUAUUCGCCGAUCAUUCAGUCGGGCGGCAAGUACGACCUCAAGCCGAGCGCGCAGAGUUCGUCGGACGUGAUGAAGUUUGACGUGAUCGUGGCGUCUGUGGGCGCCCGGUACAAGGGCUACUGCUCGAACGUGGCGCGAACGUUCUUUGUGACGCCAACCAAGUCCAUGGAGCGGUCGUAUGAGCUACUGCACGAAGCGCAUGACAUGUGCAUCAACGAGCUACGCCCGGGCAAAACCGUGAGCCAAGUCGUGGACAAAGUGACCAAACUCGUCGAGUCGCGCAACCCCAAGCUGGCCAAACUGCUCACGAAAAACUUUGGCUUUGGCAUUGGGCUCGACUUUCGGGAAGCUGGGAUGGUCCUCACGGCCAAGAACCACCACGUGAUUCAAGCUGGCCAAGCGUUCAAUGUGGCCAUGGGCUUCCAGAACAUCCCGCUCAAAGACGCCGACAGGCCGCGCCACCUCCCCGACACUUACUCGAUUCUGCUCGCGGAUACGGUAUCGGUCCAGCCGGACGAGACCAAGAUCUUGACCAAGGUGUCCAAGGCAUGGACCAAGGUGCAUUACGUGCUCGACAACGACGCCGAAGACAAGCAUGCCAAGGCAGCCAAGGCGGCCAAAGACAAGCUCGACAAGCAGCAGAAACAGCGCCGCGCACGCCAGGAACAGGCCGACAACGACGACGAAGACGCUCCCGUGAGCAGCAACAUCAUGCAGAAUCGGCUGCGGGACAAGCAGCGCCAGUCGGAAGGCAAGCAGACAGACCAGGAGCGCCGCGAACGCCAUCAGGCCGAGCUCAUGAAGGAGAAGCGAGAGGAAGCCAUGCGCCGCCUCGAAGAACAGAGCAGCGACGCCGUCCAAGGCAAGCGCCAAGACCGCAACGCCAUUGUCGCAUACAACCAUUCGUCGCGGUACCCGGAGCUCAAGCCGCGGCAGGUGGCGGUGGACAUGCGCGCAGAGGCGGUGAUCGUCCCAAUCAACGGCAUCCCCGUGCCGUUUCACAUUUCGACAAUCAAAAACGUGAGCAAGAGCGAAGAGGACAAGGCGACGUACCUGCGCAUCAACUUUCACUGCCCGGGGGUGGGCGGGACCCUUGGGAAGGACGCGUCGCCGGCGAUGCAGGCGGCGGUCGCCAAGUUUCCGUCGCUCAUGUUUAUCAAGGAGCUCGGGUUUCGAUCGAGUGACGCGCAUAACUUGAACAACCAGUUCCGCCUGAUCAAAGAGUUGCAGAAGCGAGUCAAGCAACGCGAGCAACAAGAGCAAGAAGAGUCGGAUUUGGUCGUGCAGGAGGACUUGAUCAUGCAGCGAGACCGCCGCGUGCCGCGACUAAGCGACUUGAGUGCGCGGCCUACCUUUAGCGGCCGCAAGACGCAAGGCACGUUGGAAGCCCACGUGAACGGGUUUCGGUUCACGACCAACAAGAACCAAAAGCUCGACAUUUUGUACGCCAACAUCAAGCACGCGAUCUUUCAACCAUGCGACAAGGAGCUGGUGGUGCUGAUCCAUUUCCACCUCAAGAACCCGAUCAUGAUUGGCAAGAAGAAGCACCAGGAUGUGCAGUUUUACACGGAAGUGAUCGAGUCGAGCCAAGCGCUAGACAACCGCCGCCGGUCCAUGUACGACCCCGACGAACUGGACGAGGAGAACCGCGAGCGGUCGCUCCGCGAGAAGCUGAACUUGACGUUCAAGGACUUUUGCCAAAAGGUGGAGCGCGUGAGCGAGCAAAUCGACAAGACCAUCGCGUUCGACAUCCCGUACCGCGAACUCGGGUUCAGCGGCACCCCGUUCAAGGAGAUGGUGCUGCUGCAGCCGACCGUGCACUGCUUGGUAUCUCUGACCGAGUUCCCGUUCUUCAUCACGCUGCUCGAUGACGUCGAGCACGUGCACUUUGAGCGUGUGUUCUUUGGCUCCAAGAACUUUGACAUGGUGUUUGUGUACAAAAACUUCAACUUGGUGCCGGUCCGCGUGUCGGCAAUCUCGACCAACGAGCUCGAGCGGAUCAAGGAAUGGCUGGACGACAUCAACAUUUGCUUCACGGAGGGCACGGCCAACUUGAACUGGAAGCAGAUCAUGGUCACGAUCAAGGCAGACGACCGAUUCUACCUCGAAACGGAUGAGGAUGGCGUGCCCAAGCCCGCGGGAUGGGAGUUUCUCCGCAUGGAUGGCUCGGACGACGAAGAUGGCGACGAAGAUGACGAAGAGAGCGAGUUUGAAGGCAGCGCGAGCGGCAGCGGCGGCGGCUCGGACGGAUCCGACUCGGACGACUCGGAUGAUGAUUCCGACUCGGAUGUGUCGCUUGUGGACGAGUCGGACGACGACGGCAGUGCCGACGACGACGACGAUGAGGACGACGGACCCAGCUGGGAUGACCUGGAGAAGGAGGCGCGCGCAAGUGACAUGAUGCGCAACGAAAAGAAGGAGGCCGACAGCGACGAAGAGUUUAAGCGAAAACACAAGAAGAAGACAGCCGGCGGCGGCGGCCCCCCGCCCAAACGAUCCAAGCAUUAAUCAAGAAAGUAGCGGAUGGUGGUAGGUAGUAUGUAGUAUGUAGUAGUAGGCUAUAGUAGUAACGGUUUAACCAGGACAACUAACGUACAUCC